AUGGCUGACGCUGAAGACCGCUCGCGGAGAAACAACCUCCGGCUACGAGGAGUCCCGGAGAGCGUUAUGCCUAAUGACCUACCAGCCUAUGUGCAAGGCCUUCUGAGGGCGUACGCUCCGGACAUCCCCACGGAUAUGUUCCUAAUAGACCGGGUACACAGGGUGCCCAAACCACGCAAUCUGCCUGGCACUAUCCCUCGUGACGUCCUACUAAGGGCACACUACUACCACAUAAAAGAGGCAGUACUGCGCGCUAGCAGAACCCGCUCAGAACCACAUGAAAACUAUGCCACGAUCAAGAUCCUAGCAGACCUGUCCGCGGCGACUCUCAAGCGCAGGAGAGAUUUCCAACCGGUGACAGAAGAAUUACGUCGUGCGGGAAUGAGGUACCGCUGGGGAUACCCCACUAAACUCCUAAUUACAAAAAAUGGCGAGAUCAACGUGGCCUCCACGCCGGACGAAGGCACCCGACUAUUGAGAGACUGGGGGCUCCUUACAAACCCCCCCCCCACAACUCAAGCAAGUCCAGCAAGACGUCUGACACCAGAAUGGCGCCAGGCCUCAACACAGAACAAAUCGCCAUGAUCCACCCGAAGGACUAG